AUGCAACAGAGCCAGAGAACGAAGCUGGCGGUGACUGCUUGGGGAGGAAAGUGGCCCAGCAAUGAAGGCCUGGCUUUCCUUCAUGCCAACCAGGUGAUCCACAGAGACAUCAAAAGUGACAACAUCCUUCUGGGCCAGGAUGGCUCCGUCAAGCUGGCCGAUUUUGGCCUCUGUGCUCCGCUCAGCCCUGAGCAGAGUAAACGGAGGUCGAUGGUCGGGACCACUUGCUGGAUGGCACCCGAGGUGGUGAGAAGAGAGCCAUACGGCCCCAAAGUGGACAUCUGGUCCCUUGGCAUCGUGGGAAUAGAAAUGGCCAAAGGAGAGGCUCCUUAUAUUCGGGAAACCAGUGAGAGGGUAAGGUGGGCUGUGUAG